AGCCAUUUUCUGCUUUCCUAGACUCCUUUGCAGGGAAGUGGAUCUGAAGUGGAGCAGCUGGGACUCAGACUAGCCCAGAUGAGAAACUGGCAAUCUGAGCAGCAGCUUAACCCCGCACAUAGCUGGCUCUGGAAGAGAAGCCUGCGUGGGGCCAUAAUUGGGACAAGGUGGCUCAACAUAGCACAAGGCGCACAGGCAGGAAGGACCUGAGUUAUCUGAUGUUGUGACCUCUUGUGCAUUGUGCAGUUUUCCUGCAGGGGUGCUCCCCGCUUGCUGCUUGUGUUGGUGCUCGGAUGCUGUGGCUUGGUCGUGACUGCUUAAUGACCUGGCACAGAUUGCCCAAGUGUUGGGAAGCAGCUCUGAGCACUGGUAGUUCCCUUGUUCCCCAUCAAGUCAGCCCUCCUUACACCUUAGACUUUUCACUCCUGAAGAAAACAAAGGAUUGGUACUUCUGAGUGGCUUUCUGAUCUGCAGUUAGAUAAAAUGGAUGUCUAUAAUGUUCAUUAGGUAAUGUUUCUCUUUUGUAUCUUUUCCUCAGUGAACUUUGUAUUGUUGCCAAAGUCAGUGAUGUGAGAAGACCUGACAUGGAUGACACUGCUGACAGGGCGAGGAUGGAUGCUGGCGAGGUGACUGUCAUGAACCACGGCUCUAUCCUCAGAUCUCACUUCCUGCCACAGACAGGCUUUCUCAAGGACCAGCCUUCAUGUUCUGACCAGCAGAUUUUACCUUCCAGGCGGGAUUUGGAGUCAUCCUUUACUUGCCCGAGAGGAAGUGCAGCUUACAACCCAAAUCACGACUCAGACAACCCUUUCUUAGACAGUUUUCUUGGCUCAGGAGACUUAAGAACCUUUGGCCAGAGUGCCAAUGGCCAGUGGAGAAAUUCCACUCCCACAUCAAGCUCAGCUUUACAGAAAUCAAGAAACAGCCGAAGUCUUUACCUCGAAGCCCGAAAGACCUCAAGUGGAUUAUCAAACACUUUCACAGGGAAGUCAAACCAUCACUGCCACGUGUCUGCAUAUGAAAAGUCUUUUCCUAUUAAGCCUGUUCCGAGUCCGUCCUGGAGUGGUUUGUGUCGUCGAAGUCUUUUGAGCCCCAAGAAGACUCAGAGGCGACAUGUUAGCACAGCAGAAGAGACGGUUCAAGAAGAAGAAAAAGAGAUAUACAGACAGCUACUGCAGAUGGUCACAGGGAAACAGUUUUCUGUAGCAAAACCUACCACACAUUUUCCUUUGCACUUGUCUCGGUGUCUUAGUUCCAGUAAGAACAUUUUGAAAGACUCACUGUUUAGAAAUGGGAACUCUUGUGCAUCUCAGAUCACUGGCUCUGACUCUUUAUCCUCCGGAUCUGCCAGUGUGAUCACUACCCAGGAGCAGCUGCCCCACGGUGUGUCUGCCCUCUCCUCUUGUACCCCUAAUGUUGGUACAUUUGGAUCCAAAGAUUCCAACCGUCUUCAUCAACCCCUCCGGCAGCACUGUCUUCCACAUCAACCAGACAACUUACCAGCUUCAAAUUCACAAUCUGAAGGAUCAGACUCUGUGAUUUUACUCAAAGUGAAAGACUCCCAGACUCCUGCUCCCAGCCCAACUUUCUUCCAGGCAGAGCUGUGGAUCAAAGAAUUAACCAGUGUGUAUGACUCUCGAGCACGGGAAAGGUUACGCCAGAUUGAAGAGCAGAAAGCACUGGCAUUGCAGCUUCAAAACCAGAGGCUGCAGGAGCAUUCAGUUCACGAUGCAGUAGAGCUGCAUCUUCGUGUGCCUCUUGAAAAGGAGAUUCCUGUCACAAUCGCCCAAGAAGCAGAAAAGAAAAGUCAUAAAGGAACUGAUAGUGAAGAUGAAUUUCCUGAAAUUACAGAGGAAAUGGAGAAAGAAAUAAAGAGUGUGUUCCGUAAUGGCAACCAGGAUGAAGUUCUCAGUGAAGCAUUCCGCUUGACUAUUACCCGCAAAGAUAUUCAGACGCUGAACCAUCUGAAUUGGCUCAAUGAUGAGAUCAUCAAUUUCUACAUGAAUAUGCUGAUGGAGCGAAGUAAAGAGAAGGGACUUCCAAGCGUGCAUGCAUUUAACACUUUUUUCUUCACUAAGUUAAAAACAGCUGGUUAUCAGGCAGUGAAACGUUGGACAAAGAAAGUGGACGUGUUCUCUGUUGACAUUCUUUUGGUGCCCAUUCACCUGGGAGUGCACUGGUGUCUUGCUGUUGUGGACUUCCGGAAAAAGAGCAUUACAUAUUAUGACUCCAUGGGCGGGGUGAACACUGAAGCUUGCAGGACUCUCUUGCAAUACCUGAAGCAAGAAAGCAUUGACAAGAAAAGGAAAGAGUUUGACACCAACGGCUGGCAGCUCUUCAGCAAGAGAAGCCAGGAAAUUCCACAGCAGAUGAAUGGAAGUGACUGUGGCAUGUUUGCCUGCAAAUAUGCUGACUGUAUUACCAAAGACAGACCAAUCAACUUCACACAGCAACACAUGCCAUACUUUCGGAAGCGGAUGGCCUGGGAAAUCCUGCACCGGAAGCUCUUGUGAAGACCAUCCUGGUUGGUGACUGUUGAUCCUGUUGGGGACCAGCUUUUUGUCGUCUGGCCAGAGACCUUGAAAACAACUGCUCCCAGCCUUGUGUUCUUAUAGAACCCUUUGCCCCUGGAUAGGCCCUGGCGAGAUGCGUUCACAAGCACAUCUGCCUUUUGUUUUGUAUCUCAGAUACUAUUUUUGCAAAGAAAUGUUGGUGCUGUGAAAGGGGUGAGGGACAUCCCUGACUGAGCUGAAGAGAGAGACUCUCUUCAUGUCUUCAGUUCUGCCAUCUUGUUCUCUAAGGGCUCCAGCCUCACUUGGCCCCUAAUGAGGGGAUUGGGAAAAGCUUGGAAAGGUCUUGGUUUGCCAUAAACUCCUGUUAGGCCUUACUAGGAUGUAGGAAAGGGCAUGGACAAAAAGUAGGGCUAUGAACCACCAGCAUUUCCGUGCACCAACGUCCACACACACCUGAGCACCCCUCGGGAUGGGUCAUUAGGAACAUAACUGAACUGGAUGCCAGCUUCUCAGUGACCCUGUUUGAAACCCUUCUGCUUCCAGACAAGGUUGUUUGGUCCUCAGUAGCUUUUUCCCUUCCUAAGGCACAGCACAUGAGCCUUGGGUGGACCCCCCAAAAUCCCAAGCUGUCCUUUCCCUCAAAGUAGAGGCUUGCAUGUCUGAGGACACAGGAUACUGUCCUCAGAACAGCCUGGAAGGAGCCAAGGUGUGGCCACCUGAGCCUUGAGCCUGGAAUUCCAACCCUGGGUAAAUGCAGGUCUACCUGGUCUGUGGCAACUUGGUUUAAAUUUCUGACCACAGAGAAUUUUAUGUAUUUUACAGGGAUAUGCUUUUUUUUAAAAGGAAAGACUGAAUGUGUUCACCAUUUAGCCUGUAGAUUGAUUCUCAUUUUCCAAAUCGCAGCACACUGAGGCCCUGCCCUGUGUAUACUUGCUGACAGCUCCUCUAGGGACUCUGGCUCUGCAAGUGGAUGGUGUCCCAGCCGAAGGGUGAUGGCCUUUGGGUGUUCCACCUAGCUCCUUGGUUCUUCCCAGCAUCCCCCGCCGAGAGCGCCUCAGGCUUGGAGGGAAACGACCCUCUGCCAAUAUGGCUUUUGUACUGAAGUUCCCAGACAGGAGCAUUUUCUGUUUCCUGCAUUGUCCUGGGUAGUUUUGUAUGAAUUCUCCCUGACCCAUCCUCAGCAGCAUUGUACUUUCUGCCUGGGCUUCUUGGAAGAUUUUACUCUGUUUUAUACCAAGCUUGUUUAGUACAUUUUUCUAUGUUUUACCACAAGUUACAAUUUGAAAAGAAAACUAUUUUUUUUAAAUAU